AUGGAGCGACUCAUCUCGGUCGUCAAUGACCUACACGAUGCCUUUGCAAAUGUCAAGAUGAACAUCAAGCUUAACCUCCCACAGAUUGCUGUUGUGGGAAGUCAGAGUGCCGGCAAAAGCAGUGUGCUGGAGGCUAUUGUCGGUAAGGAUUUCCUUCCUCGUGGUUCAGGCAUUGUGACACGGUGCCCACUGGUUUUGCAGCUGGUACAGUUACCAAGGUCAAACAAGGAUGAAUGGGGUGAGUUUCUCCACAGACCCAAUAAGAAGUUUUUUGAUUUUUCUGAGAUCAAUGAGGAGAUUCAGAACCGUACAACGGAAGUUGCUGGGCACUCCGCUAUUACGGAUAAGCCUAUUAAUCUCAAGAUUUACUCAUCCCAUGUGCUUAACCUGACACUUGUCGAUCUUCCCGGGCUCGUGAUGAACGCCGUUGGUGACCAACCAAAAGAUAUCGAUCGGCAGAUCAAGAGUAUGGUAACGCGUUACAUCUCUCCUUCAAACACAAUUAUUCUUGCGAUAUCUCCUGCAAACGCUGACUUGGCCACGAGCUCUUCGCUCCAGAUAGCCAAGCAGUUGGAUCCCGAGGGGGAGAGAACAAUUGCCGUGUUAACGAAACUGGACCUUAUGGAUCGCGGCACUGAUGCGUACGACAUCCUUACUGGGAAGGUUUUGUCUCUUCGACACGGCUUCGUUGGUGUCGUUAACCGCAGCCAACAUGAUAUAAAUACAUCAAAGGGGAUGCAAGCGGCUCGUGACGAUGAAAAGGAAUUUUUUCGCAACCACCCGGCAUAUGCGUCCAUUGCUGACACACAGGGCACAGAGUACCUGACACAGAAGUUAAAUGGUCUCUUGCUCGAGCACAUCAAGAUGGUUAUUCCAGAGUUAAAGAGUCAUGUAGACAAGCUCUUGGAUGAUACAAGGAAACAGAUGGAAAGGCUUGGUAUGCGUGAGCAUGACAGAGUGGAUCCUGGUGCUAGCAUGCUGGCAUUAAUCAAAGUGUUUUGCGACGCAAUCAACCACACAAUUGAUGGCGGUGCAUCGGAUGCUUCUAAGGAACUGCUUGGUGGCGCCCGCCUUGACUAUAUAUUCCAUGAAUGUUUCUCUACAUAUGUUAACGGCAUCAGUGCGAAGAAUGACCUUACCGACGAGUAUAUUCGCAUUAAUGCGCGGAACAUGGCUGGUAUGCACGCGUCCCUGUUUCCAUCAGAUCACGUGUUUGUUGCACUUGCAAAACAGCAGAUCGGGCGCUUGGAGGAUCCGUCACUCAAGUGCGUGCAGUUUACGUACGAGGAACUCAUAAAGAUCGUCGACGCCUGCUCAAUCAAGUUGGAGCGCUUCCCCAAACUGAAGCAGGCUGUUGUGGAUAUAUGCCGUGAGGCGCUGAAUGAAUUCCGUGCGCCCACGGUAGAGCAUGUCAAAACAAUCAUUGCUGCUGAACGUGGUUUCAUCAAUGUGAAACAUCCACUGAUGGAGGAUCUUGUGCAGCGAUCGUUCAUCAAAAUAUUUGGUGGCAAUGCCCAAGAGUCAAAGGAGGAAGGUGGUAAUGAAAAUGAUAAAGAUAAGGGUAAGGCGAAGGUGAGCAAGGAUAAAAGUGGAAAGGGACUGAUAGAAUCAAUUGUCUCUCAAGGGGAGAAAUCCAACAUGGGUGCUGUACCAUCUUCCAUCAAACUAAAUGAAAAAAUGUCAACGCAUGAACAGUAUAUCAACGAUGCGGUUCGUGAGAUGGUGGAGGGCUACUUUGCUGUUGUGAAGAGUAAUGUUGCUGAUCAGGUACCGAAAGCGAUCACUCUUCUCAUGAUAACUAAGUUGCGUGAGGAUGUGUAUGCCAGGUUGGUGCGAAAACUGUAUUCUGAAAGGUCCGUUGAGGAAUUGCUUGCGGAGCCACCACAAAUUGCUCAGCAACGAAGCGCCACCACGGCGAUGAUGACUGCUUUAACGAAGGCGCGUACCGCCCUUGACAGUGUUCGAGAGUUUGCUCUUAUUUAG